GCGAGGCAGAAGCGAUGACUCUGUCGCAUGAGGACCAGUUCACGGAGGAAGACGACGUUGAGGAAGAGGUCGUGCUGACGGUCAAGGGGAGUCGCCGUCCGUCCAAGCUCACAAUCCCCGAGCCAAGUGAGAAGGCACCCAACUUGUAUGCGGACAGUCCUCGGGCGAAUCGAUCUCCCCCGACGUUGUCCAAGGCAGAGGCGAAACGUCGACAAGCGAUCGGAUGUGGUUCCCUCAUCGCGCUGAUGCUGUCCGUGUUUGUAUGCAUUGCCAUGAUUCGUGUCUUGUCCGGGAACGAACACUUGAGUGCACUCACCCCCAAUCAAAAGAACUUUAUGCUCGCCACGAAGGCUGCGGGGGCGAAGGAAACUCUCACUUACUACACCCGGGAAUCUCGUCUGGCUGGCAGCACGGGUGACUAUUCGAUGGCCCAGUACAUCGCCGAGAAAGCGCGGGAUUUUGGAUUUCCAGAAGACAAUGUCAAAUUGAGUGACUACGAGCUGUUGUUGAACGAGCCCGUGUCAAUUCGCGUGGGAGUUGUCGGCGAAAACGGCAAACCAGACAAUGUGUACGACCUAACGGCCGCCACCAAGGACAAGUCCAAGCCUGUGCCGUAUCACUUUUACUCCAUGAACGGGACCGCGCGCGGGCCGCUCGUUUACGCACAUUACGGCCGCACUCAAGACUUUAACGCACUGCGCAAUGCCGGAGUCAACUUGACUGGUGCCGUGCUGAUCGUACGGCUUGGCUGCAUCUCGCUGCCGGCAAAGAUCCACCUGGCUAAGGACAUCGGGGCCAUUGCUGUCCUCACUUACAGCGACCCAGCGGACAACGGCAGCCUUCGUGGCAAACAGUGGCCGAAUGGCCCGUACCAACCCAACGAUCGCGCGGCCUUUGGCACUGUCUACAUGGGCAACGGUGACCCUUCGACACCCGACGACGUUUCCGUACCCGGCAUCGAACGAUUGCCGCAAGACUUGAUCUUUUCCGACGACAACACGCGCAAUUUCAUCCCGCAAAUUGUUAGCGUCCCCAUCUCGGCCGACGUCGCGUCCGCGCUGUUGGCAACGAUCAAGACCGGUCCUUCUGCAUCCCAAGUCUUUUCCAACUUUGUCAGCGGUGUUGACGCCGCCAACUUGUGUGGUGCCAGCACCUCGACCGUCUUUGUGGACAACGUGCACAAAUAUGUGGUCAAGAAGACUUGGAACGUAGUUAUCUCUCUUGAAGGGACGCGCGAAGCCGAUCGCAUUGUGCUUGUGGGCAGUCAGCGCGACUCUGCCAUGUCUGGAGCUACCGACCCUGGCAGUGGCAACGCUGUCUUCAUUGAACUUCUUCGCGGCCUCGGCGCACUUCUUGGCCAAGGGUGGGCGCCGCACCGCACAAUCUUCCUCGCGUCCAUCGAUGCUGAAGACUAUGGGAACGUCGGGACGGCCGAAUGGAUCGACAAGCACGCGUCCAACUUCGCGUCGCGCGCCGUCGUGUUCAUGAACAUUCGCGAUCCGGUGCUCGGGCCCGGCCCGUUGACUGUCGAAGCCAGCUCGUCCCUUCGCACGAUGCUGUACUUGACGACACUGGGUGUGGCCAACCCGGACGCAUCGACAUCUUCGACACCGAGCGUUGAUGGGCCAGCCGCUGGCACUGUCACCUCGCAUUCGAACAUGACGAUGGUGUGGGAAGACCUGUCGAACACUGUGUCCGAUUCGAUCUACUACUACUGGCUCAAGCAAACCAAGUCGCAAACGCCCAAGGCCUUCGUCCCGGCGGUGUUGACGCCUGGCACGCGCCACAUCCUGUCGCCAUUUGUCGGCCGGCUUGGUGUCCCUGUUGUGGAGAUGGGAUUUGAUGCAGCGCUGUCCUCGGGCAUCGACGACACCACAUACGACACCCUCGAAUGGAUGAAGAGCUUUGGCGACCCGUCAUUUACGUUCCACCGCGCUGCGGCGCAGCUCUACGGGAGCGCCUUGCUCACGUUUAGCGACGCGGUCUUCUUGCCGUACGACUUUGCAGAGUACGCCAAGGACCUCCGCACGGGCAAGGAUGAACUCACGCGCGUGCUCAAGACGUACGGGGCGUUCACGCUAAACCUCGAGCGCCUCGAGCGAGCCAUUUCGACGUUUGAGAAAGCUGCCCAUCACGCCAACACAGAAAUCACGCUGAUGCAAGAUGAAAUGCUCGACGUGCUCAACGGUCAAAUGGUCGUCGAUGUGAAGCGCGCGCGGGACAUGAACAAUCGCCUCAUGAUGACCGAGCGCGCGUUCUUGUUUCCGGAAGGCCUGCCGGGAAAGCCCUGGCUCAAGCACUCUGUAUAUGGCCAUUCCGUCUGGAACGACUACAACAUGACAGUGUUCCCGGGCGUGUUCAACGCACUCAGCGACGCCAGCGUGAUCGAUGCCAAGCAUCAAUUGCAUCGGUUGUGCCGCGCCAUCGAAGACGCCACGGAUGCAUUGGGCGCGGUCGCGUUGACGUAACCAGGAGCAUCGCCUCCAAAAAACGAAUGCAUUCGUAUAUAUAGUCGAGCCGAACAACGAUCUUG